GAAAUCCAAAGCGAAGAAGGAGGAGGAGAGGGAUCUCGAGCACCCAAUAAUCUACGGGCCCCAAGUAUUCUGAAGUUCUAGCAGCGCCGCAUCUCAAUAUCUGAAAUCAAAACCAAUAUAAAAUUUGUAUCGGUUGAUUCUCCAAAUCAAACCGAAGUAAAAAGUAACUUUUCUGCGAGCCACAUGAAUUUUAAUGUUUAAAGGUAUUUCAAACACAAAAUGGAUACCAAAAACAUGCAAAUCACACCCAUGAAUGGGAAACAAUUUCUAGAGAUGUUGUCAACAGUAUCAUUGGAAGAAAUUUUAGGGUUUGAGUUUCGUUUGAAUCCAACAAAAAAAUGGGAAUUGUUAAUAACACCAACAAAUCCACUUUGGAAGUACCACUGUAACAUUUGCCGUGUUGUCCAGUUCGGCGACAAGAAUUUGUUUAGCCAUUUAAGUGGUAAGAAACAUAGCUCUGCAAUGAACGCUGAACAAAAACUGCAAAUAAGAAUGAAGCCCAGUGAAGGACCACAAAAAUCAGUUCCCGGACCCAUUAAAAAGGGACCGAACACCAAUGUGAAUAAUAACAAAGGCAGCCCUGCUCCAGUUGUCAAAGCUGGCGUAGCUGCCAAUAAAAAUAAUUUAUCAAAUGCUGCUGUCAAGCAAGAAGGUGAAAACUACUCCGUGUUGAAAGCAAAAGGUCUUCAAAUAAAUAGUCCGACUAUUGGUGUAAACGCACAGAAAAAGGAAAGCAAUAUCCCUGGUAAUAAUAAAACAGUUCAAAAAAAUUUAACAGGAAAUAAUACACCUAGUCAAAAAACUAUUCCAGAAACCCCUCAAGCCAUCCAGAAAAAUAUUCCAAGAUCUAAUCCACCUACCCAAAAGAAUAUGUCAGGAAAUAAACAGCCGAUCCAAAAGACUAUUCCCGUUCUUGGAGCAGCAAACACUCAGAAAAAACCCAACCCAAACUUGGGAAAUAAUCAAGUAAAGAAACCCGUUGGGGUCGCGGCCAGUCCGAAGAAUCCGGUUAUUAAAAAAGGCCCGCAGGCUGCAACACCAAGCUCAACGGGUCCGGCGAACAUUGUAAAGAAUUCAGGAAGUCCUGUUCCCAAAACAACUGCAACCAACGCUACUCCUGCAGCCAAGCCUGUGGGUAAACCUGGUCCUAAACCUGCGGCUAAACCUAUUGCUAAACCUGUGCCAAACUCUCAGCCCUUACCGAAAGUGCAGCCUCAAACACAAACGCCGAAGCAAGCACCACCUCAAACUCCAAAUCAAACACAGCCUCCAAAGCAACAACAACCUCCAACUCAAUCACAGCCCCAAACUAAGCCACAAGCUAACAAAUCUUUGCCGAACGCAAAAGCCAAUAACACGGAGAUGAACCGCGAUAAAGCGAGUAACCCAGAUAUAGUCAAGAAUCCACUUGCAACCAAAAUUACAUGUGUUCCGCUUGCAAAGUUGAUCAGCCCGACUCCGGAGCCUGAAGCGGAAGCCGAUGUCAUAAUUAUUGACGAACCGCCAAAAGAGCCGCCCAAAGAGGUAGACAAGCAACCGGAACCCGCAAUAAACCCCAUACCAAUCCAAACAACAACAAAACCAAUUAACUCGAACGUACCCAAAAAGCCAACUAAAACUGUUGCGCCUCCUAGCCGCCCCAAUGUCAAUAAAACAAUUACACCUUCCUACGGUGCUCCUAAGGACUACCACCCACCAGCUAGAGUUCCUGGCGAGACCUUUGAGUCCCGCAAUCUAAACCAUGUAAUGGGUCUCGUGGGAGUCGAGUACGUUUUGAAGAUAGUAAGGAAUCUGUCCGAUAGAAAUCCCAGAUAUCAGUGUUGCCUAUGUGAGAUCACUGCCGACGAACAGUCGAUGCACAACCAUUUGCUCGGCUACAACCAUCGUCUAAAGUAUUUCGACAAGCACUUUCCGACUGCAAUGCGUCAGUAUCGUCAGUAUGUGUCCAAUGUGCCAGAGGGCGAAGUCUGCAAGAUAAUGAUGCCCGUUUUUGAUAAGCUUGCAACGGCCAUUGAAACCCAUCACGGUCGCAAAACUUCACAUCUUUGCUACGAGCAUGUGUAUGCCAAGGAUCGCCAGGCUCUGUUCUCCGAGGUGUACAAUAGAAAGCACUCAUCCGAGAAGAUGGGACCCUCGUUCACGCAUGUCGUUGACGCCAGAGAAGUGGAUGAGUUGAUCGAAAAGGCUCGAAACAACGCACUGCCCGUGAUGAACAUGGAGAAUCCCAAUCCCUAUUACCCUACACCGUACGCAGCUCAAGGUGCUAAUAAUUAUAUGGGCUACCGGAAUGCGAUUCCGAAAAAUCCAUCCCAGACUGUGGAUGACGAAACGCACAAGCGAAUGGUUGAAAACUUCCUUAGGGAUAACAGACAGAAUAUUGCAGAAGUGCAGAAGUCCCGAAACCCAAAGCGAAACCGUUCGAGAUCGAAUUCGCCGGAACAGAGGAAGAGACACGCCCAGAAAAGGCACUGGAACGUGGAGCGCAGGUCGGUGUCUCCCCUGCGAGAUGGUGACCUCUGGCAGGCCUACCGCCACAUGGUCGACCUCAAGGUGCGCGAGCUGAACGUGUCCUUUGACUCAUACAAAUCUGACCCGGAGCAGCAUCCGAGUUAUCAGACCGAGUGGCAAAUGUUCUGGAAGCGCCGCAAGGAUGAGCUCAUACAGGCUGGCAUCAACCACCGCACUUACAACUUCCAAAACGAAUGGAUUCACUUCUUCAAUGCUCGUAUCGAAGAGCUGUACAAUCAAGACAUUGAAAACAUAAAGAUCAAAUGCCGCGAAAGGCUGUGCUUGCCAAUGACCAACGAUGAGUUAGAAAACGAAAAGUAUCACGUUCACUUGCCCACACCAACUGUCGAGCCUAGUAUUAGUAAGCCGGAAUCCGUAAAGGGUCCAGAGAAAAUGUCUGUUGAUGAGGAGCCUCCGAACGUGAUCCACGUUCUUCGCCUUUUAACUGCUUUGGAGAACUACCUGGGAAGUCUGGGUUCCUUAAUCACCGAUAUGCUAGUGAAAGCCUUGCAAACUCAAAAGAUUUUUCCAGAGAAAGUCCAUACUUCAAUUUUGACAGCUGAAAACUGCGCUAUUUUGGAGACGGUAAAGGAAAAGUUCACGGGUCUCUUGAUCUCCCAAAUUUAUGAUCCUACCAAGGAGAGGGCCUUGAAGAAAGCCAUUAAUGAUACUGAACUUUUGCUUCAAGAAGCAAGUAAAUAUAACACACCUAAACCUAACCCCCAGCAAGCUGAAGAACAAGAUUUUCCAAUGGCAAAUGUGGCCGGUCCAUCUACCAAAAAACCGUUGGAUAAAACAGAGCUUGCAGCAAAACUGGCUUCAUCUUUGAUGUCCCAAGGCAAGACUUCUAUUAACCGUGAGGAACUUCAAAAGAUUCUUCAAGUUUACACGAUGAUUGAGCAGAAGAAACGCAUCGAGGAACCGAAUGCCAACUCGAUGAAUGCAGGACCCAGCACUCUUCCAAACUCAAAUAGCAAUGGUAACCUGUUGACCCAACACUCUACUAGAAACUCAAACAUUGCCAGCAGUUCGAACAACGCUGGCAAUGUGACCAGUAUGUAUACUGGUCAAAACUACUCCGGAAAUGUGGCUCGCUUUAACAACCAACCAAACACUAACAUAACAAACUCCUCUAUCGCGUAUCCGACUGAUCGUGGAUUUGGCGGAUAUCAAAACAAUCAAUUCGGCCCUGGAGGACCCGGCGGAUAUCAGAACAAUCAAUUUGGGUCUGGCGCGCCAUUGUUGCCCCCAAGUGGCGUCCUGCGCAACGACCUCGCUACGUCGUCGCUUUUCAACUUCAACACCAACUUAAACCCAACAUACAACAACAACAACCUUAACCGGAGGAACACUAACUUUUAGUUGUUAGCAUGUAGAGAAGCUAGGACUUUAAACGAAAUUUAAAUGAAAUUCCUUGUUAAUGUAAUCACAUCAUUUUCAAAUCAGCUACAUUCAUUGAAAAUUUGUACAACAUUUGAACAAUGUAAUGUAAAUAAACACAUUUCACAAUUUC